AUGUAUAGAACGUGUGUCGAAUGUCGGCGUAUCUGUAGAUCAAAGCAGCAGCGCGCAGAUUCCUAAUGAUGGAACCGCGCAUUCCAUGAGAGCGAGCGAGCGCGCGCGUGAGGGACAGAGAGCGCGCAUUAUUGAUCGCACGCGCGGCUCCUCCUGCUGAUCACCCUUAAUGUACGGUCAUGUGGACAAACAGCCGCUAUAUAAACCACAGCUCAUCUGUGUGAGGACACUGACAGUGUUUCAGGACACUUGAGGACUGCAGCACAGCUGGCGGAAUGGCUGGACACUGGGGAUACGAUACGCAUAACGGACCAGACAAAUGGUGGGAGAGUUACCCGAUAGCGAACGGCCCUCGUCAGUCUCCAAUAGACAUUAAGACCUCAGGAACAUCCUAUGAUGCAAAGCUGACUCCUCUGAAACUGAAGUAUGACCCGUCCACAUCUCUUGACAUCGAGAACAACGGACACUCUUUCCAAGUGUCCUUCGCUGAUGACAACAACAACUCAACUCUGACUGGAGGCCCGGUCACAGGCACAUUCAGACUCAAACAGUUUCACUUCCACUGGGGAUCUGCAGACGACAAGGGCUCUGAACACACGGUCAAUGGCAAAUGUUACCCAGCCGAGCUCCAUCUGGUCCACUGGAACAGUAAAUAUCCCAGUUUUAAGGACGCACUUGAUAAGCCUGAUGGUCUUGCUGUGGUCGGGGUUUUUCUGAAGAUUGGUCCAGACAAUCCUAAACUCCAGAAAAUUCUGGAUGCUAUGGAUGCCAUCAAGUCCAAGGGAAAGCAAACCACCUUCCCAAACUUUGACCCAAGCGUUUUGCUGCCCAAUUCUCUGGACUACUGGACAUAUCUGGGCUCUCUGACCACACCACCACUGCUGGAGAGCGUCACCUGGAUCGUCUGUAAACAGACCAUCAGCGUCAGCUCUGCACAGAUGAAAAAAUUUCGCUCUCUGCUUUUCUCCGGUGAUGGAGAAAAGGCCUGCUGUAUGGUGAACAACUAUCGUCCUCCUCAGCCGCUGAAGGGUCGUGUGGUGCGUGCAUCUUUUAAAUGAAGGGCCUCUCGGAGCUCGCCGUCCCCUCCCUGACUUCUGUAGUGGGAUAUGCAGACGCGGGGCCCUCAGAGCUCCUUCACCCUCCACACAGCGAUGCUGGGCUCCUGCCAGAUGUCCAGAGCACCAGAUGUGCUGUCUGGAGAGUCAAGAGGCUCUGCAGGGAAAUAUGCACAAAAAAUGGCAUUUUCAUACUUAAUAUUGAAGUCUUGUUUUCCAGAGUAAUUUAUCAAAGCUCUUUUAUUUUAGAAAUAAUGUAAGUUGGGACUUUUAACCUCAUAUUCUCAUAUUUUUUCAUCCUAAUUCAGAGAAAGAAAAAAAGUAAGAAAUGUGACAUAAAAACAUAGUAAUAAUAAUAAUAAUAAUAAGUAAUAGUAAUAUUAAGAUAGAUAAGAUAGCAUUGUGGGCAGUGCAUUUUCUUGGUCCCACCCCCUUUCUCUCUCCAACCUCUUAACUAACAGGUCAAGCUAUUAUCCUAUCAUAAUAUAAAAGAAUAUUAAAAAUAUAAUUAAAAUGUAUUAAAAAUACAUUUUAAAAAGU